GAUUAACUGGACUUUGGCAAACGCCCAUAGUAAAGAAGUUUCAACGGGUAUUAGCACCCAGAAGCUUCAGCUAAGAAGUUCUGGGAUAAGCGUUAGCACGCUUACAAAGCCAACAAAGCACCGGCAGCCAAAGCAGCGAAACCGACGGCGUAGUUCUUAGCACCAGCGUUUUCCCAAGAGGUAACGUUAGCUGGGGCCAAGGUGUGGGCAGCGGAGGAGGUGACGGUGUUGUUGUUGUAUGGAGCUGGGGCUGGAGCUGGGGCUUCCUUAGAUGGAGCUGGAGCUGGAGCAGCAGUGGCGUGUCUGGCUGGGCAGUCAGUGACGUCUUCAGCACAAGAAGUGAUGGUGACCAAGGUGGAAGAUUGUUCGGUCUUGGUGACGACAUCGGCUUGGACAGCAGCGGCGACAACAGCGAAUAAAGCGACGGUGGAGAAUUGCAUUGUAGAUAUGAGCGAGAGACUAGUAGUUGGAGUUAAUGAAGAAAGAACUUUUUGCUGAGAGGAAAAUGCUGCCAUAUAUAUACCCGCGCGAGAGCGAGCCGCCCUCCGGAAACACUGCGAAAUCGUCUCGAUAUGGCGCUCAUGCAUCAGAGAUUAGAAAAAAUCUGCAUGCGGUUACAAAGUUGCCUAAACUAUCCGCAACCGGAAGGCUCAUCGGCGCCUCACUGCUCGUCAACGAAAAAAUAUCUACACGAACCAGAGAGAGAGAGGGAGAUCGAUGCACCAGGUGCUUGGGGCGGAGGUGCAGAAGAAGCGGAGCAAGGCUGGGGCGUGGUAGUGGGACGUGGGGUGGUAGUAGGGCUGUUUUGGUGGAUUACUCUGCUGGCUGGGGGGCCGGAGGCUCGCCUGUCGUAGUUCCAGCCAUAGUCUCGUAACCUAUCUCGUCUGCACAUUUCGCGUCACAAACAUUACACAAGAAGAAUUUGUCAUGGGCCCUCACCAGAAAAUUGCAGGUUUCCAGCCGGUGCCAUUGGACAAUGCAGCCAGUGUGUUUUGAUUGACCCCAUAAUCGCCAUACCGAAUGAAGGGCCCUGGCCGGUGCCGCCCGGCGAAGCCAAAUGGCCCUGAGCGUGUACCGUGUACCGUGUCUGUUUUGCUAUCUGAUUGCAUGUACUGGUGCCAGU